CGCCCCCUGCCGCCGAUCCUAGAGCGCAGGUACUGUACAUGGCAUUAGGCUGGGAGCAGCAUCAAGAAACAGGCGUCGGAAAAACGUGACGAGGCGUCGCGCGAGGGCGAGCAAGGCUAAACAUGUACAGAUGCGCCGCGAGCGCGCGUGCCGAGGCCAUCUACAACGCCUGGCCCUGCUGCUCAUUCGCGUGCGUCUCGCUCUCCGGCAGCGGCGUAUCGCUACUGGCAAGCGGCGUGACGGGCGCAGAGGGCGUGCCGCGCGCCGCAGAGCGAGCGGGGCGCUGUCCGCGCGGCGGCCGCGCCGGCGGCGUCGCCAUGCCGCCGACGCUGGCGACCGAGGCGCUCGACACGGACGCCGGCAGCGUGGCCGCGUGGCUGAGCGGCGAGGCGAGCGGCGAAGUGCGUGGCGAGACGCGCGGCGAAGAGGAGGCGGCGGCGGCGGCGGCGGCGUCGAGCGAGGCGCGCGCAGAGAGCUCCAAGGCCUCGAGCGGCGGCAGCCGAGGACUGGCGAGCGCCGCCGCGGCACUGCUGCGCGCUGGGGCAGUGAGGGGCGCAGACAGCGGCGAGACGGAGCCGGCGGGCUCGACGAUCAGUGGAGCGUCGUGCAGCGUGCUGUUGUUGCACACCUGCGGACUCUGCUCGGCAGACUCGAAGCCGGACACGCCACGGCUCGUCGAGCUCGACACCGUCGAUUCGCGUCUCUGCUCGCCGAGCGCGCGCGGCGGCGCGUCCGCAACAGCUUGAGACGCAGCGGCGCUGCUGCUGGGCGCGUCUUGCGGCGGCGCAAGCGCCUUCUCGCUGAUCAGCGGCGAAGGCUCGAGGCCGGACGCCGGGGAGCAGGCCUCGUCGACUUGGCGUUCGGCGCGCGCAGGCGCAGCUUGAGCCUCACCAUCGAGAGACAGGCCAGACAUGAGGCGCUGCGCCUCCGUCUCGGCGCCGGCGUGCGCCAGCGUCUCGGCGCCGGCGUGCGCCAGCAUCCCAUCGUCCUUCUGCGCAGAGGGCGUGCGCGCCUCGUUCUCGUCGUCGUCUUCGUGCGAGAGCCAGCCGACGUUCUGGAGGCCCAGCACGCCUGACUCUGGAAGGAGCUCGUCGCGCCUGCCGUCCUUGGCGACGGGAGAGGGCGGCAGUGGCACAUACUGCGCCUGCCGCUGAGAUGCCUCGUACGGGCCGUCGAUGGUCAAUUGUGUCCUGCGGCGCUUCGCGGCAAGAGUGGGAUGUGUCUUCCAGUGCGUCUCGACGCGAUGGUCUGCCCGGUGAGUG